AUGUCUGCCAACGAAGAGACAGUCAAGAAGGAGGUGCUCGAGGCCCAGGAGGCAGAGGAGACCAACAAGGCCGAGGAUACACAGAACACACCGGACAUGGAUGAAAAGCCGGUAGAGGAGAAGGAAACAGAGGAACAACAGAGGCCAUUCUCGAGGGAUGACUCUGACAAGGACACGGAAACUUUUGAGGACGCCGUCGAGACUGGAUCUCUCCGAUCGUUGACCAAACGCCAACCGCCCGCUAAACCCCCAUCCGUCGCCGAGGACCCGGCCGACUCUGACUACGAGGACGAGGCGUCACAGACCGCCGCAGCGAACGGGAGGCCCGACUCGCAAGAACUGCCGACAGAGAAGAAGAUCCCGCGCCCUCUUUCGCAAGAGUCCGCCGGCUCCCUCGAUAAUGUAAACCUCGACGACGACACGGCGACAGCGACGACGACGGCGCCGACUCAACAAGAAAAGAGCCAGCCGACAGAGAAAGCCCCCAAAACCAUGUCCUUCAGCAGCCUAACCAACGCCCUGCCGCCAAUGCCGUGGUCACCGCCCGCUACCGAUUCCCAGUCAAAGAGCCCACCGGCGGCGGCAGCAGCAGUAGCAGCUCCGCCUCCACCCGUCCCUGCCGCGGCUCCUGCCCCCGCUCCGGCCCCAGCACCCACGGGUAGGAAAUUCAACAGUCCGUUUUCGUGGCUUUCACGAAGCUCCUCCAAAGAACCCCCCGCUGUGCAGCCUAUCCCGUCUGCCAGAAGGAAUACAGCUAGCUCAGUGGCCACCAUGACUAGCAAUCCCGAGAUGAUGCUGAGCAAACUGGAGGAGGAGAAAGACGGAGCGGACAGCUCGCGUAAUAGCCUAAAGGAUCGUUUCAAGGCACUCCGCAUGAGACAAGAGAUCGUCCCCCCGGCCGAAGAAGACGAGACUUUGACGGUCGCCGGCGAUGCCGUGGAGAAUGGCACCGCAGGGCCACCGCCCCCGUCCCCGUUGCCGCAGAGCCCAAACAAGAACCUCGCCCCUGGAACUGUUUCGGGUGUCACGGCCGGGCCAUCAUCCUUCGUUGAUGUAGACGUGGAUUGGGACCUAUGGCAGGACGUGGUCAACGAAGGCCCGGCUGCCGUGGCUCGGACGAGUGCGGAGGAGCUAAACAAGGCCAUCGCCACCGGGAUCCCGAGCGCUAUCCGCGGCGUCAUCUGGCAGGUUCUGGCCCAGAGCAAGAACGAGGAGUUGGAAGCCGUCUAUCGCGACCUUGUCAUCAGAGGCACCGAGAAGGAGAAGAAGGACAAGGAUAGGCAGAGCAGCGGCACGACAAUAAGCGCCACCCUCAGUGGCAGCGGCAAGGGGUCGACUUCGUCUGCGUCGUCGGUCCACUCGGAGAACUCGGCUUCGAACGGUGCACCAUCGCCAACAGAGAAGGACUCGGACUCCGGGAAGAAGGCACAGCCUGUUUCUGCCGCUGAGCGUCAGAAGAAGGAGAAGGAGGACUUAGCCGCGCUCCAAAAGCUCGAGAAGACCAUCAGGAGAGAUCUCGGGGCAAGAACGAGUUAUUCCAAGUUUGCCGCAGCCCAAGGGCUUCAGGAGGGCCUGUUUGGCGUCUGCAAGGCAUACGCGCUGUUUGAUGACGCCGUCGGCUAUGCCCAGGGCAUGAACUUCCUCGUCAUGCCCAUUCUUUUCAACAUGCCGGAAGAGGAAGCCUUCUGCUUGCUGGUACGGCUAAUGAACCAGUACCAUCUCCGGGAUCUUUUCGUCCAGGACAUGCCUGGCCUCCACCUCCACCUCUACCAAUUCGAGCGCCUCCUCGAGGAUCUCGAGCCAGCGCUUUACUGCCACCUCCGGCGCCGUGGCAUCUCUCCCCAUCUCUACGCCACACAAUGGUUCCUUACCCUCUUCGCGUACCGCUUCCCACUGCAACUCGUCCUGCGCAUCUACGACCUGAUCCUCUCCGAAGGCCUGUCCGCCAUCCUCAAGUUCGGCACCGUCCUCAUGCAAAAGAACGCCACCGCACUCCUCGCCAUCACCGACAUGGCCCAGCUCACCACCUUCCUCAAAGACCGCCUCUUCGACGUCUACAUCGACGCUUCGCCCUCCUCCACCUCCAUCCUCGAGAACGGCUUCUUCGGCAGCUCCUCCAGCAGCAUCGACAAGGAGGUCUACCGCGCGGACCAGCUCGUGCGCGACGCCUGCGAGGUCAAGAUCACGCCUGACAUGCUCAAGGCGUACCAGGUCGAGUGGGAGGAGAAGACGCGGGCGGAGCGGGAGCGCGAGGCCGAGCUCGAGGCCCUGCGCGCGAGCAACGCCAGCUAUGCGAUCCGCAUGCGCAAGCUCGAGGCGCGCCUGCAGGACGUCGACGCCGAGCAGGCGUCCCUGGCCACCGAGCUGGUGCACACCAAGGUCGACAACGACGAGUUGCGCGACGAGAACGAGUCGCUCAAGAUCCAGGUCAAGGAGCUGCGCAUCGUCAUCGAGAAGCAGCCCGCCGAGCUUGAGUCCGCCUGGCAGCUCGAGCGCGACGACCUCAUGAAGCGCAAUGCCAAGGUCCAUGAGGAGAACCAGAAGCUCGAGAAGGAGAUGUCGGAGCUUGAGGAGGAACUGGUCCAGACCAAGAUGCGGUAUGCCGAGACCAACUCGCAACACGAGGCACUGACCAGGAAAUGGACCGAUCUCAAGAAGCACAUCCAAUGA